AUGGGCUCCCGGGCAUUGGGCUGGCCACGGACUGCAACGUCCACAUUGCUCACGGUGAUUCUUUUUUUGGCUCAUACCGAAGACCCAAUGCCACUGCUAACCACUCCCCAGCAACAUGUCGCUCGUUCCAAUGACCCUGCCAUGAGGCACCCAGCUCCUCAAUCGAUCGGCAUCCAAACCCAACCACUCGCCGAGUUCUCCAGCAGCAGCAAAGACCAGGAUCGGCUAGGUCACCGAGCCAAGGAAAAACAGCUCGAUAGGGAAUUCUUUUUGAGCUUGCUGAGCUCUGCCUCGACCAAGCGAGAAGCCAAGUCCUACUUGGAACGACUCAAGGGCAAUUCCCUAAAGCCAACACAAACCCCCACCGAACCUCCAAGAGAAUCACCAUCCACCUCUCUCCCCUCCGGUGUAAACUUGGGUUCCUUCUAUGGCGCAUCCCGGGCGGUAUACGACAGCCCGGUGUUCCGACAAGAUACAAGCCCCACUCCGAGCGGGCAGGAAUUGUCCGAAAGACUACACCUGGCCCUGAUCAAGAUCACUGCACCUCAAUCGCUCGACGAUACAGUUAUCGAUGGUGUGGCCAAGACAUUGUCGCAGUUGAUUCGCUUGGGGAUGGGAUGCUGCGUAGUGGUUGAUCCGGGUAACGUGGACAGUACAGCUGCGGUGCGACAAAUGGCCAUCGCGCAGGCAAAUCGGAUAUCGGCGGCGAUUGACGGGCAGCCCGACUCGAAAUCCUUUCGCCUAGACUCAGCUCUGUCUCUUUCCUCCGAAGAUGCUGGCCAGCCCACGGUGAUGUCCCGCAAAGCCUUGCUCAGCCCGCUGCGAGACGGCCAUGUGGUAAUUGUCACACCCAUCGCGUACACAGAAGACAAUCCAAAGGCUGUUCCGGUCCCUGCCCAUGAUACUGUGUUGGCGCUGACCAAGGAAUUGGCGGGCCUGUCGACGAUUCCAGACCCCGAUGAAGACCCUACGGUCACUGCGGCAAGAAUCAAGGAUCUACAGAAGGAAGUUGCACUCGAUCGGGUAAUUCUUCUAGAUCCACUAGGAGGCAUUCCGGCCUUCCAAGGCCCACAGCUAUCCCAUGUCUUCAUCAACAUGGAGCAGGAGUUUAGCGACGUCGAGAAGGAGCUGCUGCGGACGCGUGGUUCUGUGGCAGGAAAUAACUCGACAACAUCGACACUCGCAGAAACCACGUCGCCAAUUUUAGAAAGCAAUCCGUUCUCUAAGUUUGUGAACACAGAUGUCGUUUCACCCCUGCCAGGACAGUCGGAGCGACUUCCCGGCGCCGAGGCAAUGGGACAAGUGCUGGAUGGCCAUCUAGAGAACCUUCGGCUGUCUCAACAGACGCUAGCUAUGCUCCCAUCCACAUCGUCUGGCAUUAUCGCCUCUCCGCACGAGGUUGCCAACUCAUCUCGUGCACCCCAAGGCGCGACACAGGAUCUAUCGGCCGUGGGCACUCGUCGGCAGCGCAACCCCCUUAUUCACAGCUUGCUUACCGACAAGCCUCUCCUUUCAUCUUCUCUGCCGCCACGCCGCCGAGGUCCAAAUAAUGGCGGACCAAGCGCAAUCAGCCCGCUGACAUCGCACACGACAUUUGUAAAGCGCGGCAUGCCGCUCACGAUCCUCCCAAACCCGCGUGUGCAAGCAUGGACCGCACAGAGCCAGCCUCGCCUGCAAUUAAAUGAUCCCUCGAUCGACCUCCCGCGCCUGGUGCAUCUGAUCGAGGAUUCCUUCGGCCGCAAGCUCGAUGUACAGAACUACCUGGAGCGAGUCAACGACCGCAUUGCCGGCCUCAUCAUUGCGGGAGAAUACGAAGGCGGCGCCAUCCUCACCUGGGAAGCUCCGCCGGGUGUCGUCGACGACGGGAGCCCCGCCAGCACCGCGCGCAUGGUCCCAUACCUGGACAAAUUCGCCGUCCUCAAACGCAGCCAGGGCGCGGGCGGCGUGGCUGACGUGGUGUUCAAUGCCAUGGUACGCACGUGUUUCCCCAAUGGAGUCUGCUGGCGUAGCCGCAAGGAUAACCCCGUCAACAAGUGGUACUUUGAACGCUCGUCGGGGACUUGGAAGCUUGCCGAGAGCAAUUGGACCAUGUUUUGGACUACCCCUGGGCUGCAGGAGGACUCGGCCCGGUUCCAGGAUUAUGAAGCAGUUUGUCGGGCCAUUCAGCCCAGCUGGGCACAUGAUACUGGCGUUGUUGACUGA